UAAAAAUUUGGUGGGGCCGAAUCGAAGGUAGGAAGAUGGAAGUAGCUGAUAAGAAUUAAAGAGGAAAAGAGCUAAUAAUUGCGAUUUGCAGAGAUAUCUCUAAUUUUAGUAAUCGGAGCAAGAGUUUCAGACGCCGCAGCCUCUCUAUCUAUUGAUGUACAACUGAAGGAGUGCACUGUACAACCAUCUAAUGCUGAGUGAGGUUAUGAGCAUCGUGUGACGAAACAACAAUGGGCGUAUCAUGCGGCAGCUCUCUCAGGGAUUCGUGUAGCCGCGCAGCCGACCGAUGUUCCCGCCUCUUCCCCUGCUUCUCCGACCCCGCCCGACGAUCUGCUUUCUCUCUCAAAUUAGCUUUGGUGUUGCUGCAUAUACUGUUUGUCGGCGUAUUGUUUUUGUUCGACCGUGAUUUGAUUGAGAAGACCAAACACGAACCAUGGUACACUGCUACGUAUGUAUUAUUGUUUGUAGCUACUCUGGUUCAGUAUUUUGCGACUGCGGGAACAUCUCCUGGCUAUGUAAUCGAUGUUCAAAAGGCUAUUGAUGAAAGGGAUGCUGCAGCUAGAAGGACAUUAUUAGCUUCAGACAUUCAGAAGGUCGUUGAUGAUAGAGAUGCUGCAGCUAGAAAGCCAUUAUUGCCCUCAAAACAACCAGCUUCAAGCAAAAAUGGCGAUGUUGCUAUCACUGUGGAUGGAAGGAACAAUCACAGAGGAAAUGCAACAGCUUCAAGCAAAAAUGGCGAUGUUGCUAUCACUGUGGAUGGAAGGAACAAUCACAGAGGAAAUGCAACAGCUUCAAGCAAAAAUGGCGAUGUUGCUAUCACUGUGGAUGGAAGGAACAAUCACAGAGGAAAUGCAACAGCUUGGACUAAGUUAGUGUUGAGUUUGUUUCCGCAACGGUCAUCAACUACAAGUUUGACCUGCCCUUACUGCAACAUCCUUCAGCCUCCACGAGCUAAGCAUUGUCAUGAUUGUAACAAGUGCGUUCUUCAGUUUGAUCAUCACUGUGUUUGGCUUGGAACAUGCAUAGGGCAGGGAAAUCAUUGCCGUUUUUGGUGGUACAUAUGUGGAGAAACAGCAUUGACCCUCUGGACUUGCAUACUGUACAUUGGAUACCUCAAGUCUAACAUAUUGAAGGCAUGGUGGGCAGAUAUAAUAUUGAUUUUGCUAUUGGCUGCUCUCUCAAUUUGUCUAAUAUUCCUGAUGCUUCUGCUCCUUUUUCAUAGUUUCCUUAUCAUGACUAAUCAAACCACGUACGAGCUUGUGAGACGGCGACGGAUUGCAUAUUUAAGGGGGAUUCCUGAGAGAGUGUAUCCAUUCAACCAAGGAGUUUGCAGGAAUUUGUAUCUAUUCUGUUGUGCUAGAAGCAGCAGCAUGUACAGAUACAGAUUGGAAACACUACCAACAGCUCAAGAACUUGAGGAGAAGUCCAGACCUUAUACUUGCUACGAUGUUCUAUCGUGUCGCUGCUGCUGAUGGAACCCGUCUUGUAUUUUCGAUCUGUGUAAGAUGCAAACUGGGGCUGUGCGAUGCUGUGAACAUGUAGUUUCUCUGGCAAACAUUAUUUCCAUUUGGUUCUUUGAUGGAUUUAGAGUGAUGAUGAGAAAUUUCCCAUAGUUUUACACUGAUAUUGAAGCAAAGGAUCUUUUUAGUCCAUUCAAAUAGUAUUCCAAUGUUGUACUGUAAAACACAAGGCCCAAGAGCAGUGUAAAAUCGAUGUGUAAUUUUGGUUA